AUGGCGAAAUUUAAGACCCCAGAAAUGUCUUGGAUUGUACAAGAUUUAAAUCAAGAAUGGCGUCGAUUCUAUAGACAAGCAAUGUGUAUUUUCGAAGGUCCUUUACACGAAAAAGAGGACAACGUUAAAGUCAGCUAUGUAAAGUUGUGGGUAGGCGAUAAAGGACUUGAUGUAUUUGAAGGAUUUACAUUUGCCCAACCCGCCGAUGCAAAGAAAUUAGACAUUGUACUAAAGAAAUUCGAGGACUAUUGUACUCCACGUAAGAACUAUAUCAUGGCCGCUUUGAAAUUUAAUGAAAGACGUCAAGGAGAUAACGAGAGUUUUGAGUCAUUCGUAACAGACCUCAGGAUUCUGGUAAAAGAUUGUGGUUAUAAAGACGAGGAACGUAUGGUUCGUGAUGCAAUCGUUUUUAGUUGUAAACACACGAAGGUUCGUGAGAAGUGUAUCGAUUUGGCCGAUACUUUGACAUUAGAAAAGGCUAUUGAAAUCGGACGAAGCCAUGAAGCCAAUUUAGCUAGCUUAAAGAAACUCACGAAGGACGAAGACCCGGGCAUUAAUGCCAUUAAACCGGACAGUACAGUACCGUCAGCGAGACCCUCGAAAUUGUCGAUACUCUCAAAUAAAUUGCACACAGAGCGAGAAAACCCGAGUGGUGGAUUGGACAGCAUGUCGAAGGACAGAUGUGAAAGAUGUGGUUUCGAUAAAAAUCACCAGAGAUGCCCAGCAAUGGGUCAACAGUGUAGACGAUGCCAAAAGAUGAAUCACUAUGCAAAGGUCUGCCGAGCCAAACCAGUCAACAACGUACAGUUACAGGGAAAAGAGGACACUAGUUCCGAGGACAGUGACUCAUCCUUAUUUGUAUAUGCAAUUGAGUCAACCAUUCCAUCUGAGAAUGAACAAUUUUACGAAACUGUUGAUGUAGAAAAUAUCAAAGUUAAAUUUCAGUUGGACAGUGGGGCAAAAGCAAAUGUUAUGUCUUUUAAGACCUAUAACAACCUCAAGUGUACAUCUCUCCGCCCACUGAAGAAAACAAAUACUGUCUUGGUUUCUUUUUCCAAGCACAAAUUAAAUCCAUUCGGAGAAGUUGUGUUAAAAGUAAUGUAUAAAGACCACACAGAAGAUAUAAAAUUUUUUGUUGUGGAAUCUGAAGUUGAAUCUUUUCUUAGUGGAAACACUUGUGUCAAACUUGGUUUGCUGAAGAGAGUUUACCAAGUUGUAAGUCAAGAAGCAUCAUUAAAGAAAGUUAAAUUGGAUGACUACCCUGAGCUGUUCAAAGGAUUAGGAUGCUUACCUGGUGAUUAUCAUAUCGAACUAAACGAAGGUGCUACCCCUGUUGUCCAUGCUCCAAGAAAAGUACCAAUUCCACAGAGAGAAAAAGUUAUCGAAGAGCUGAAAAGAAUGGAAAGACUUGGUGUGAUCGUGCGACAGGAAGAAGCGACAGAUUGGGUCAACUCGAUGGUCGUGGUUCAAAAGCCUAAUGGUGCAGUGAGACUGUGUAUUGAUCCGAGGGAUUUGAAUGCCGCUAUGAAAAGAUCCCACCAUCCGAUGAAGACUGUGGAUGAAGUCGCCAGUCGUCUCGAAGGUGCUAAUACCUUUAGCAUAUUGGAUGCAAAGAAUGGUUUCUGGCAACUGAAGUUGGAUGAAGAGUCUUCACUCCUCUGCACCUUCAACACACCAAUAGGACGGUAUAGAUUUACAAGGCUACCUUUUGGAGUAAAAUGGUGCCCCAGAGAUCUUCCAAAGAACCAUGGAUAG